CUUUUAAAGUCUCACAGUACUUGGCUUGACCUGCAAAAGUACAUCUUGUGAAAGUAAAGUGGGCUGAGACCGUAAAAGAACAGAUGCUGUUUGCACAUCUCGCCAAGAAGACUUACAUCUGGCUCAUUUUGGAAUUUUCAAAAGCAAGUUUACCGCUGGAGUAGUCAUUUCAAAAGAUGUUUAGAGGAAUUAUUAACCUGCGUUUGAUUGCACCUGUUUGUGCUAGACGAAGCUCUUCAUAUGUCAAACAAAAACGCUAUCUGUUUGAUUUAAAAGAAAAUGAUGAUGUUUGUCGUCAGGCUCUGAAAUCCGGAUCAUUCUACCUCUUUCACGAUCUGUUUCCAUUACUCAGGAAAUCUGGCAGUGGCUUUUCUGUACCAACAGUAAGCGCUCAAGAGUUACAAAGAACAAUCAAUAAGCAUGGACAGGAUGAACAGAAAAUUGAAGAUGCGGUUUUAGUGGGCUGUUCCAAAUCAUGUGUUGCAGAAUUUGCAUUGGAUCUUGGAUGCUUAGAAAAAUCCAGUUUGGAAGCCGACUUAGAUGGGACCUUCACCUUCCUACCCAAAGCACUCCUGCUUCUAGAAGGGAAAUGUGCUCCACUAGUGGCUCAGGCGCAGGCUCUUCUACGCUGGCAUGAGACCCACCAAUUCUGCAGUAAAACAGGGAAUCCUACAAAAAAGAAUCUAUCUGGAAGCAAACGAAUCUGCAGCACAAAUGGGCUGAUUUAUUACCCACAAAUGUCCCCAGUAGUAAUCAGUUUGGUGUCUUACAAAGAUCGCUGUCUACUCGCUCGUCAAGAGGGCUUUCCCGCAGGAAUGUACACCGCCCUCUCAGGCUUUUGUGAUAUUGGUGAGACAUUGGAGGAGACUGUUCGGAGAGAGGUGGCAGAGGAAGUUGGGUUAGAAGUAGACUCUCUUAGAUACUACGGAUCUCAGCACUGGCCAUUCCCUAGCAGUUCUUUGAUGGUGGCCUGCCAGGCAACCGUGCAGGAAGACAAGAUGAAUGUGAACAAGUCAGAACUCGAAGAUGCCAGGUGGUUCACAUUGGAAGAAAUAGAAGAGGCUCUCCAGAGGGGCAUUGUGCGUUUGAAACCAGAAAGUGGCACUAUACCAAUUUGGGUGCCACCUAAGUGGGCAAUCGCUCAUGAAUUGAUCAUUUCAUGGGUACAGGAGCAGAAAGCUCAUUCAAAUGGAUAGUGAACAGAUGGGCAAAGCUGCUCUUUUUUAGCAAA